CCCAACACACUCUCUCCUCCUUCUCCUUCCUAACAAGUUUCUCCAUUAAGGUCAUUGUCUCCUUCUUCAUCUUCUUCUUCUCUCUCUCUCUCUCUCAAUUUCUCUCUCUUGCACACGCAAAAGUCCUGAUUCUCUGUGAUCUUCUUCUCAAACAAACCACUUUCACCAUGCCUGAAGCUCCCAAAGACUACAACCUCCUUGACCAGAACAAGAAAAUCCUCAACUUCAUCGAGGAUGUCACUGAAAACGCCGACCAAGUCCAGCAGAAGGUCCUCUCCGAAAUCCUCUCCAACAAUGCCAACGUUGAGUACCUCAAACGACACGGCCUCAACGGCCACACCGACCGUGACACCUUCAAGAAACUCAUGCCCGUCACCACCUAUGAAGAAAUCCAACCUGAUAUCGACCGCAUCGCCAAUGGCGACACCUCUCCCAUCCUUUGCUCCAAACCCAUUUCAGAGUUUCUCACAAGCUCUGGGACAUCUGGUGGUGAGAGAAAGCUGAUGCCUACAAUUGAAGAUGAGCUAGGGAGGAGGACUUUGCUUUAUAGCUUGUUGAUGCCGGUGAUGAGCCAGUUUGUCCCUGAUUUAGAAAAAGGGAAAGGAAUGUACCUAUUGUUCAUAAAAUCUGAAGCAAAAACACCUGGAGGCAUUGUUGCUCGUCCAGUUCUAACAAGCUAUUACAAAAGUUCCCAUUUUAGGGACAGACCCUAUGACCCUUACACCAACUACACAAGCCCAAAUGAGACUGUCCUCUGUCCUGAUUCCUACCAAAGCAUGUAUUCCCAAUUGCUCUGUGGCCUUUGCCAAAACAAAGAAGUGUUCCGUGUAGGUGCUGUUUUCGCCUCUGGUUUCAUAAGGGCCAUUCGGUUCCUUGAGAAACACUGGCCACUCCUUUGCAAUGAUAUCAGAACUGGAACCAUCAACCCCACCAUAAUCACUGAUGCUUCAGUGAGAGAGGCGGUCUCCAAGAUCGUCAAACCGGACCCGAAGCUGGCGGAUUUCAUUGAAGCUGAGUGUAGCAAGAGGUCAUGGCAGGGUAUAAUUACCAGGCUGUGGCCUAACACCAAGUAUGUGGAUGUUAUUGUGACAGGAACAAUGUCACAAUACAUCCCCAUACUUGAUCACUACAGCAAUGGACUCCCUCUUGUGUGCACUAUGUAUGCUUCUAGUGAGUGCUACUUUGGGGUUAACCUCAACCCUCUUUGCAAACCCAGUGAGGUUUCUUACACCCUCAUCCCCACCAUGUGCUACUUUGAGUUCUUGCCUGUCAACAGAACCAAUGGUGUCACUGAUUCCAUUCAGACACCCAGAUCCCUCAAUGAGAAGGAGCAGCAAGAGCUCGUCGAGCUUGUCGAUGUCAAACUCGGCGAAGAGUAUGAGCUUGUAGUCACAACCUAUGCUGGAUUGUACCGUUACAGGGUGGGUGAUGUGUUGAGGGUAGCUGGAUUCAAGAACAAAGCACCUCAAUUCAACUUUGUUUGCAGGAAAAACGUGGUCCUGAGCAUAGAUUCUGACAAGACCGAUGAGGUUGAGCUUCAGAAUGCAAUGGCAAAUGCUGUGACCAACUUAGUGCCCUUUGACGCCGCGGUGUCCGAGUACACUAGCUUCGCGGACACCGCAACGAUCCCAGGGCACUAUGUGCUGUACUGGGAGCUCGCCCUCAAUGGCACAACCCAAAUUCCUCCCUGUGUGUUUGAGGAUUGCUGCUUAACCAUUGAGGAAUCGCUGAACAGCGUGUACCGCCAGGGUCGCGUAUCUGACAAAUCGAUCGGGCCGCUUGAGAUCAAGAUUGUGGAACAGGGCACUUUUGAUAAGCUCAUGGACUAUGCUAUUAGCUUAGGGGCUUCAAUAAACCAGUACAAGACACCAAGGUGUGUGAAGUUUGCACCUGUUGUGGAACUCUUGAACUCAAGGGUAAUGUCAAGCUAUUUUAGUCCUAAGUGUCCAAAAUGGGUUCCAGGACACAAGCAGUGGAUCAAUCAGAACUGAAGAAGGUGGAAAAUUAAUUGUUAUUAUGUGGUUGGUCUUGGUUGGUAGCUUUUUCUCAUGGCGGUUCACGUGAACUGUUUUUUUGUGGACAUGUUAGGGAUGAGAAGAAGAAAUUUUAAUCACUCUUUUUAGGUUAAUUCUAUGUUUAAAGACUUAUUUAGUUCUUCUUGUUAUAACUUGCAUAGUGAACUGAACCUAGCCACUGUAAAAAGCAACAAUUUAUGUUUGAAAGAAAGCAAAGCUGUUUGCCUUGGCUUUCUUUUUAUCCAGUAAAUUUUCCCUUUUUUUUAAUUGAAAA